CGACAAACACCAACCAGACUACCAUGAUGCGGCCCAUGGAAGCCAGUUUGAAUGGUAGGCUAGCUGGAGGGGGUGGGGAAAGUUCAGGUACAGGUGCUGCCAGCGAAGAGGCGGCUGCUGGAGAGGACGGCUCGGACGCGGUAGGAGCGAGUAAUUCCAGCAGCAGCAGCUUGUCCUUGUCAUUGUCUAGUACUUAUGCAUUGCAAAAGUAUCGUUAUCGUACUAGUAUAAAUUGCAUCACAAAAAAUUUUUUCAAGAAGAAAAAUGGAAUUUGUAAUGCUGAUUUACCUAAAAAGGGAUAUUUGUCAUGCAUGAUCGCAAUUACUACGAGUGCGAUACUUUUGCACAGGAUAGUACUGCUACUUCAUCUCUGAGCAGUACUUCAUCUGCGGCAGCCUUCGCGUCGUCUUUCCGGGAAAGGAAUGAACACGCAAAGACUACGAUAGGCUCCGAUGAAAGUAGAGGAGACGGUAGAGUGGAC